AGUAAACAGCAGUGCCCGAACAUCACUCGCGCAGGGAGAGAGAGAGAGAGAGAGAGAGAGAGUGGGGAAGGAGAAGCAGCAGCCAUGUUUCUGGCGAGGAUGGCGCGGCCAUUGAUGGCGAAGGUGAAGGAGACGACAGGUAUCGUCGGUCUGGACGUGGUUCCGAACGCCAGGGAGGUGCUUAUCUCCCUCUACGGGAAGACGCUGAAGGAGAUCAAGGCCGUUCCAGAGGACGAGGGUUACAGGAAGGCCGUGGAGAGCUUCACCUCUCAUCGCCUGAAGGUGUGCCAGGAAGAGGAAGAUUGGGAGGCCAUCGAGCGCCGCAUCGGCUGCGGGCAGGUCGAGGAGCUCAUCGAGGAGGCCAAGGACGAGUUGACCCUCAUCUCAAAAAUGAUCGAAUGGAAUCCCUGGGGUGUUCCAGAUGAUUAUGAGUGCACAGUUGUUGAGAAUGAUCGACCUAUUCCUAGCCACGUACCACGUCAUAAACCUGUUCCACUUCCCGAAGAGUUUUAUAAGGCACUGGAAGCAGCAGCAUCUGUCAAUCAUGUGACACCAAAGAUUGAGAAAAAAGCUGAUCCAAGUGAAUAGGGUACACCGUGAGGUACUGAGAGGAAGUUUGAGCCAUCAAGUUGAGUGAUAAGGUACUCUGCCAGCAAUGAUUUUGUCUUCCCUCAAGAUCCUGGAUGCAUCCUUUCUUUGCUCUAAUCUAAUGUGGAGGAAUUCAUGCUUGAAUAAUAGCAUUCAGGCCUUGUGGUCAAGAACAAAGGAUAUGUCCAGUAUGGCUGAAUAUGUGGCUUCAUCCUAAUGGAUUUAUGAGAUCCCAUUUCCGUUGACACUUUUUAAUUAAACUCGUCCUCCUUUUCCUUUUCCUAAUUAAGGGCAAUCUUAAUUGGAAAUUCCUUGA